AUGACGACACCCAAAUUCGGCGUCUAUACGCCAUUGGUAACUUUCUUCGAGGAGGACGAGUCUCUCGAUCUCACCAGCACCUUAGCUCAUGCGAAGCGCAUGGCCGAAGGCGGAGUUACCGGACUCGUGCUCCAGGGUAGCAAUGGAGAGGCUCCCCAUCUGGAUCACAACGAGCGCCAAUCUUUGGUCCGCGCUGUACGCGACCACCUCGACCACCUGGGAUAUACAGAGCUGCAGUUGAUCGUCGGUUGCGGUGCACCAAGUGUGCGUGAAACACUUUGCUACAUCUCAGAAGCUAGGAUGUCUGGGGCCAACUUCGCGCUUGUGCUGCCACCGGCGUACUGGGUUGCGUCCAUGAAUGCGUCCGUUAUUGAAAGCUUCUUCAGCGAUGUAGCGUCUCAAUCCGAGCUUCCCAUUCUCAUUUACAACUUCCCCGGCGUGACGGGGGGUAUCGAUAUCAGCUCCGACUCUAUCAUUCGGCUCGCCAAGUCCUGUCCCAACAUCAUCGGCUGCAAACUUACUUGCGGUAAUGUUGGAAAGAUCCAGCGUGUCUCAUCGGCUCUGUCAGGAACCUCGUUUGCGACAUUCGGUGGGAAGUCAGACUUCUUCCUGCCGGCACUGGUCGCCGGGUCCAACGGAAUCAUUGCCGCUCUCGCCAACAUUGUACCUAAAUUGCACGUGCAGGUACUUCGAUACUACGAGAAGGGCGAUUUGAAGUCCGCACAAGAGCUUCAAUCUAAGCUGAGCCAUGCGGACUGGGCUCUCACCAAGGUGGGCAUUGCGGGUGUCAAAGCUAUCGUGUCUCACCAUUUUGGAUACGGUACGGGCCGUGGACGUAGGCCACUAGGGAACACAACGGUCACGAGUUUGAGUGAAGACAUUGUGGUACCAAUAAGUGAGGUCAUUGACUUGGAGAAGAUUUUGAUACCAGAUGCUUAG